AUGAGUUCACACAACAGUUCCCAGAACAAUCCCCAGGCGGGUUCCUCCCUUGGUGCCACUGGAAGUGGCCGGCGCGAGUUCCGUCCUAUGGACGCUGUCGUCGUCGAGCGUGGUCCUCUUACCGAGGAAGAGAAGGAAGCGCGGAGAGCGCUGGGCUUCUCAGAAAAUUACAUGGGAGAUGCAACAAACGAGAGGAACCGGUCAGCAAAUAUCCCUGACAACCUCAAUUGUUCACUCUACAUUACGGGACUACCUAUCGACAUUACGGUGCGACAGAUUUUUGACGAUAUCCGUAACAUCGGAAAGGUCUACUCGCUGCAUAUCUCGCCAAGAGGAGACAGCCACUCACGAGCUGCGGCUGCAAUUGUCUUCUUCACGAGAGCCGCUGCAGAGCGGUUCUACAACCGUUUUUCUACCCGGGACAACCCGGCCGUCCGCUGGGGCGGUACCGUUGCCCGUCCUGGACGCAUCCUCGGACGUCUACCCGUAAACGUGGUGUGGAACCAGGUCAAGGCAGCUCCCUGUACCGACAGAGAACAUGUGACCAGGGUUAUUCAGGUUGAAGGACCGUCGGACAUCGUCAACGAGGAGUUCCUCCUGUCGUACUUCCGCACGAAGUGCCGUUUCGACCUUGAGAAGAUCCUCGUGCUCUCGGAGGAAUAUCGCGAUGUACAUGUGUGUGGAGGACAACCUCCCGCCAAUCCCGCUGCUCCUAUUCCCAUAGCGCCUGCUCCUGCACCCGAGAAGCGCCAGAGUCGAGCCCUGGCAUCAAAUAAUUGGCGAGAGCGAGCCAAGCCAGCUUCUGCUGAGCCAGAGGUCCAGCUGGAGGCCCAGGAAAGAGCUGCCGUCCCCACCGAGCGCAAGCACUAUAGAAUCAUGGAGUUCUAUUUCGGGACUGUCAAGGGCCAGGCACUGGCCUGCAGGAUGUCCCUUGAUUGGGAGUUCAAGGCAAAGGGUGUUCUUUGCCGCUAUGGUAAGUCUUUAUCAGGCUCUUGGUGCACUGAACAAGAUGAGUGUCGGUGA